ACAUACGCAGACUGGUGGUGUCUUCUUGUCCAGUGUUGGAGACUGUCCUGUCCUGUCCUAUCCUGUCCUCUGUCUUGGCCUGUCCCGUAGGCACCGUCGAAGAUGAUGAACAACUUGAUAGCCGUGACCUUCCUUGGGGUGUUGGUAGCCGCCGCAUCGGCUGCACCUGAUAGCAAACCAGACGCCGAGGCAAAGGCUGCUUACGACUACGCACCCCCCUGCAAGCCUCAGGUUGAUUACGUCACGCGGUACCUGCCGCAGGUGCAACAGGUUCCAGUCUACCAGACAGUCGUGCAGGACCAGUACAUCCCCAAAACAGUCUACCAUCCAGUCUACAGCACAGUCUACAACACCCAGUACGAGACCGAGUACGUACCCAAGUACGUCACUGAGACGGAGUACCAGACCCAAGUCCAGUACGUCACCGAGUUCCAGACAGAAACCAGACCAGUCUACAGUACGAAGUACAUCACGAACACCCGUUACGUACCCAAGUACAUCACCCAGACCGAGUACCAGCCGGUCCUGAAGACACAGGUGGAGUACCAGACCGUUUACAAGACCGAAUUCCAGCCUGAGUACGUCACCACGACCGAAGUGGUCUACAAGACCAAAUACGAGACCCAGCUGGUGCCACAAGUCCAGACGGUCGUGCAGACGGUGCCCGUUUACAAAACGGUCUGCCCCACCCCUUACUACCCCACGCCCUUCUUCGGGUACUAGGAACUGGAAGAUUGGAGAGAACCGUUGAGGACAUGCUUCUGGAACUAGGAACUGGAAGACCGAAGACCGUCUAAGUCAUCCCAAGGACUCUAGGUAUGGGAAGACCACAGACCGUUUAGGUCAUUCCGAGGAAUUGGGAGACCAAAGACCAUUUAGUAUUAUAAUGUUGAUGUUGACUACAGAUAAACACAAAAAUGUAUGAAAGAAAAUGCUAAAAAUAUAUAUUUUUUUAUAACUCGAGACAAUAAAGAUUCAUUAAUA